CUUCGCAGCAUUUCAUCACCAUGGACACGCACAGCUUACAAACACAAAUGGGCAGAGAUCACAGUCUGACUGCAAGCAAAUGCUGUCCAGCAAGCCAGGAACAGCCAGAAGGGUCUACAUGGGAACACUGUGAAGAUCACAACAGCAGGAAAGUUCGACAAGGAUUGAUAUCCCACUGUGAAAUAUGGCAUCCAAGGCAAAACAGGGUAAACAAGACAGCGCUGGUGCUGGGAAAAAUAAGGAAGAACCAGGAAUAAAAGAUGGAGAUACAUCCAUGGAAACACCUGUCAGAGAGAGGACUUUAUACCUGCAGGAAGAAAACAGGAUUCUUACGGAACAUUUGAACACAUACAUGGGACAAGUGGAGCGUUUUCUACGGGAGAAUAAAUUCCUCGAAGAGGAAGCCAAACAGAAUCGGAAAGAGAGCAACAUUUAUCUCUCCUACUUAACAAAGCACAGCCAGAAGUGUCAGAAUCUGAUAAUAACAUUAAACGAGCAGAAUGAAACCGAUCUGUCUCGGGUGCAGAAGGAGAAAGAGGAACUAAUCUCACUGUACGCAGAAAAAGAAAAGGAGGUAAGAGACGUUCUGAUGGAAGUGGAGACAAAGUAUUCUCUUAUGAACACUGAGGUUGAAGACUUGCAGCCUUUCAAAGACAUGCAGUUGGAACAGACGAAAAAGAUUAAAGAGCUGGAGAAGGAACUGUUGGUAACAAAGAUUCAUCAUGCAGAAGAAAUGCACAAAAUCAAGAGAAGGUUUCUGCAGGCCAAGGCUGAUUGUGAGGAGAACUCUCGUCAGAAAAUCCUGGCUCUCACUAAGAGGGCAGAAGAAGCAGCACUACAGUCCCUAAUUGAGCAUAUCAAACAAGUAAAAGCUGAGAACCGGCAUCUGCGCCAGGAACUGCUCAGGCUCAUCCAAUGCUCCAAACUCCUUAAAGAAAUCCAGGUUGAACUGAGAGACCAGCACCAGCAGCUCCUUCGAGAGAAGCACUGCACUCAGGACAUGGCACACGCACGGCACAGGUUGCACCAGCAGGAGGCACAUAGGUCAAACCAGGACACCUGCAGCUCUAAUAGCCCUUUCAAACGUGGAUAUUAGCCUAAAGAAACACUUCUCUGUUCCUCUCCAAUGAUGCUGUGUCACCAGACCUUGCUGGACAUCAAUGACUGUUACAACCAGUUACAACCAGUUACAACAGAUUGUUACAACCAGUUAGGUAACAGAAGGCUCAGAAGUAAUCAGGGUAGCUGAGUGCUGUGUGUGUGGAUGAAAGGAGUCACUGACAUAGCUCACACUGCAAACUGUAUUUAUUGACACCAUGCAAUGAAUUGUUGAAGGUGAACUUCUCCAGCAAUCUUCAUUUCCAAAAUCUCAUACACAGCAAAGACUUAAUUAAUUCUACCUUCUCCUAGACUCCAAAGGAGAGAAAAUAAACAAACAAGCAACCAAACCCUUAAA